GAUGGUGUUGGCCAAAGUGCAUGUUGUGACCGAAGAGAAUGACGAGAAUGAGGAAACUGUAGAUCCAGAGGCAGCUGAAGCUGAUGGACUUCGAGUUCGCCCAGUCCCAUCGGUCCCUUCGGCGACAGAUUUACCGAGUCCUCCGAAGAGUCCUAUACAUCACGGUCCUGAAGGACACGUUCGCCAUCAUGCGAGCAAUCACAGUCAUCACAGUGGCACCCCGAGGGGACAGCAGGGGCAGAGGGUGCUGCAUCACUUGACAACCAAGAUUGCAAGACGCGAGGUUCUGGGUUACAGCCAGCUUGUCCUGCAAGAGUCCGCCUAUGACAAUGCAUAUCUGCUGCCUUUGAUAUCGAUGGGCCGUUUCUUUGGUCGGUCCUUCUUCUUAUUGACAAUCAACUUCAUUCUGCAGUAUUCAGUUGCUUAUUUGCUGUACACUCGAACAAAUGUCACGCAAAAAGCGUAUCGCGAGAAGCUUUUCGGGCUCUCUGAGAGCCAGGGAGCUUGCUACUACCCAGAAAAGUAUGAGCCAGACAUUAGGUGCACACCCGAUGAGGUCUAUCUUGCAACUGACUGGAAGCACUUGGAUCUGAAUGAAGACAACCAUUGGACUUUCGAGGAAGCUUCACAGUUGAAAGCUGAGCACUUGGGAUCGCGUGUUACGGGAAGACGUGUGAAUAUGACAGAAGUGUACAAGAACAUCAUUCGAGUCUUCGAGAAAUAUGCAGGUCCUCGGAUUGCACUUUGUGACACCCAGCAUCAAGUCGAAGUGUUUGAUCAGCUGACUGGCUUUUGGGAAGUAGGCUACAUCACUAAUAUUACCAGCGACAAUCGCAUCAUCGCAAUUUAUGCAAACGCAACCAAGCUCAACGUCUUUGAGAACCGCCACACUCGGAAACGGUUGAACGGUGUGAUCUACACUUGCUCCUUUCCAAAAUGUGUCGACACAGAUAACGGUGCAAUCGACUCAAUAGGGAGUGCUUGUCAAGGCUACAAUGGCUGGGAUGCUUGCGGAGGUACGUGGGAUGAUGAGGAUUUCAAGGUUGGCAAAUUGUGCUGUACUUGUGGUGGUGGUUCCCGAAGUUUUGGCCUGGCAGGCUACAGUCAUCUCCCAGUAGGUUUGUCUAUGGACAGGAUAACUAGCGUGGAUGGCUAUACGCUUUGCAAGCAAGAUGCCCUUUUGCCAGCUCAGCAAGAUGAGUGCAUUAAGAACUUUACCACGAUUCCGAACCACAUUUACAUGGAAGAGAUUGCACCAUUUGCAAUCUUCUGCUUGCUGCCAGAGACAGAGACUUGUAGCAACAUGAAGUUGCGUAAUUUGCGGCCGCAUGUGGAAUUCAACAUCCAGUCAACUGUGCCAGUCUUCUUUAAGAUUACUGGUUUAAGUACUGCAACUGACCUGACACCCGACGUGAUUUGCCACCGGGCUGUCAGUCUUUUUUGCCCGAGCGUUUUUACCCUGCAAUCAAGUUUGUUCCAAGAAGAGCGAACUGAUGCUUGUGGGAAGAAGUCACGAAGUGUACAAGGAAAUGAUGUGAAAGUCACCUACCAAGCCAGCAGUGUUUACGGUGACCCCGUUUUUGGCCUGACAUCAGCAAUGUUUCAGGGCUUCCUCUUUCUGAUUGUGUUCCUCUGGGGCUUGGCAUCAGUGGCUGAGUUUCGCAGCAUCUCUGUUUGGUGGAAUGUUAUGCUGGCACUCCCAAGCUGUGGCAUUCAUGAUUGCUUGAGAGAAACGUGGGAGAGUAGUGAGGAAGACUGUUCGUUGGAAAUCUUGGGAAUCAGCAAAAAAAUCCGUAUUCUCACCAUUUUAUUGAACCUUCUCCCGCGCAGUAUUUUGCAAUGCUGCAUCUUCAUUGUCGGUAUCCAGUACCUUUUGUCUGUUCGCAACAUCUCCGACCUCAUUUUGAACAGCUUGGCCCUGACAUUUCUGGUGACAGUGGACGAAAUGCUUUUUGCAGCUUUUGCUGGUGAACAAAACGCAGCAUGGAUUCAAGCAACUAAGCCGAUCAAGGGUCGCUCCUUCAGAUUCAUGGAUCGGAUACUGGCACUUACGCAUAUUCCUUUUGGUAUGUUCAUGUUCUUUCCGAUUUUGAUUUGGCUUUCAUACUAUUUGAUUUCGAACAAGAUCUACACUGACCAGCUGGCUGAUGCAACGUAUUGUCUUUGUGACUUGGAAGGGAGCAACUGCUUGGCAUCUCGCACACUGGCAAUGUAAUUCAUCAAGUUCGCUUGUCAGCAAAUGCUACGAGCACUUCCUUGGGCAUGGGCGCCUGCUCCUUCAGGGAAAUUAGGCACGAUUGUUCGAACAGCAGG